GUGUGUUGCAGAGAGGUUUCUUCAUGAGACCUGCCUUCAAGCUCAGUGACUAUGCAUUGUGUUGAGGGUGGAGUGAGUGACCAUUUUAAAAGCAGAACAGGAGAGGAUCAUUUGAACUGCUAACUGCUCCUCAGGACAUUUCUGAAGAUUAAAAGAAUCCAAAUAAAAGCACAAUGGAGGGAGCAAUGAAAUGUGUGAAGUUCCUGUUUUUUUUCUUCAACUUUAUCUUCUGGUUGUGCGGCCUGGCUCUCAUCAUAGUGGGCGUUUUGGCAAAGACGGCACUCAACAACAUCCCCGGGAUUGAGCAGGUGGCCAACACUGCGUCCCCCAUUGUGAUCAUCGUGGUAGGAGCCGUGAUCUUCUUCAUCGCUUUCUUUGGCUGCUGUGGAGCGUGGAAAGACAACUACUGCAUGGUCACUACGUUUGCCGUCCUGCUCUCCAUCAUCAUCAUCGUUGAAAUUGGAAUAGCCAUUGCUGCAUAUGUCUACAGAAACAAGCUGGAGAAUCUGGUGGAAAAGGGCAUUAAGGAAGCGAUCCAAGAGUACAACAAAAAUCCGGAUAUUAAGAAAGAACUGGACAAUUCUCAGAAACAGUUUAAAUGCUGCGGAGCAGUGAAUUCUACCGACUGGGCGAACAUUAUGCCUAACAACUCCGUCCCUGAUUCCUGCUGCAAGAAUGUCACAAAGGGCUGUGGAGUUAAUGCCAUGUUUAACUCUAACAAGAUCUACACAGAGGGUUGUGCAAAGGCUGUGGAGGCUUUACUCAAACAAAACAUUCUGUGGGUCGGAAUAGCGGCGCUCGUCAUCGCGUUCAUCGAGAUCUUGGGUGUCGUGUUCGCCUGUACGCUGAUGAAGGGGAUCCGCAGCGGCUACGAAGUCAUGUGAUCACGUUUGUAAAGCUUCAGCAAAUUCACUUUCACACUGCAGUUAAACACUUCGGAUUUGUAAAUGGAUUCCUGCAAGGCCUGAUGUUCUACACAGACAAAUCUUUUUCUCUAUAUACAGAUACGAACAUUUCAAUCUUUCACUGGUAUUUUUUCAUCACAGAUGUUGAGUUUAUUUUCUGUCUGGUCUUAUCUCAUAUAUUUGUACUUUAGAAUUCUUCACCGACUUCAUCUUGUAGAGAUAAAGAUUGUACUUUUUUACUCUCAAUUUUCUUGUAUUUUAGUAUCAACAUUUUAAAGUAAAAAUACUUAAAUCUAAAUUUUAAAACAAAUAAUAAACUUUUACAGUUUCCCCCAA